CUCCUCUUCUUCUUUUCCAAUUCAUUCAUUAUUCUCCAGUCUAUCAUGUCACCUACUGCCACCAAAGAAACAACAAUAGUACCUGAAGGUGAUGAUGAUGCUCAAGUACAAAAAUGGUUAAAGGAACUAGAACGUGCAGAACAACUUAUGGAUGAACUGGAAGCAAAAACUGAUAGAUUGGAUGCCAAGAUGGAUGCUCUUCUUCAUAGUUUGAACCAAGAAAAUGACCAAGACAUGACCAAUGAUAAAAUGGAAAUAACACCUACUAGUCCUCAUCAAGAUAGUCGACAAUGAUGACUUGGAUCUGAUUCAAUAUAUAUCUUUGUUCUUUCUCGUUUAUAAUUAUCCUCCCAUUUUUUUUUUUAUUUUUCAUCAUACACUUUUAUAAAUAUAGUCACUAGUGAUAUCCUUUUCUUUUUUAUUAUUUUUGUAUAUGUAUUCAUUGACCCCUUUCCUCGUCUGUGUAUAUAUAUUAAUCUUUUUUUUUUUUGUCAUGUUACCUUGCUUUGCUUUUACAAAUAAAACCCCGCUAAAGUUAUUUC